AUGGCCGAACUUUCCACCCUUAUUCGACACUUACUCCUUUGCGAGUCCGAAUCUGACCACCCCGCUGCCGAAGUUCAUCGAAACUUAAGUCAAGUAUUCGGCACCAAAGACCCUCCUGAGCGGUCUGUGCGCGCCUGGUUUCCGUGUUUCAAAGCCGGAAACAAGAAUCUCGAAGAUGAGCCUCGCUCUGGUCGACCGACUGAAAUAUCGUUUGACGAACUGAACAAUCUGGCGGAGCGGCAUCCAUAUGAAGGUGUGCGGUAUUUUGCUGCCAGUCUUGGCUGUUCGCUCUCCACCGUGAGCAAUGGACUGCGAUCUCUCGGAAUGGUGAAAGAGCUCGAUCAGUGGCUCGCAUAUGCAUUGAGCGACGGCAACCGCCAAAGACGCCUGGACAUCUGCACUCAGCUACUCUCCAGAAACCGCAGAUUCGACUAG